UACUGCGCGUACUGCUGCAAGGUCGAAGGGACAGCGCAUUUCUCUGGGCGAGCAUCUCGCUGCUCGUUUCCGUCCCGUCCUCAUCUCUCAGGGCUCCUCGGAGGAGUUACGACGCUCUCGCGAUGGCUGAAAUCGCGGCUCGAAAACAAGAACAGUUCGUGGAGAAAGAACAACAUGAGUUCGCCUCCGCGGCCGAGCUGGGAAAUACCGUCCGCGAGACGCGAGUGGCCCAGGGAUCUCAUAAAGGAAAAGUGAUCGCAGUCUUCACCAGCGGCGGUGACUCCCAAGGCAUGAAUGCGGCCGUGCGUGCCGUGGUGCGCAUGGGCCUCUACCUGGGCGCCCGAGUGUUCUUCAUCCGGGAGGGCUACCAGGGCAUGGUCAAUGGCGGUGACGCCAUUGUCGAGGCCUCCUGGGUCAGCGUCUCGGGCAUUAUUCACAAGGGUGGCACGGUGAUUGGCAGUGCCCGCUCCGCGGACUUUCGCGAGCGUCAAGGCCGCCUGAAGGCAGCCAAGAACUUGGUCCACUGCGGCAUCACAAACUUGGUUGUGAUUGGCGGGGACGGUUCUCUGACCGGUGCUAACCUCUUCCGCGAGGAAUGGUCAUCCCUGCUUGACGAGCUGGUCAGCAAUGGCAGCAUCACCCAAGAUCAGAGGAACACUUGCAGCUACCUCAACAUUGUGGGCAUGCUUGGUUCCAUCGAUAAUGACUUCUGUGGCACCGACAUGACCAUUGGGACUGACUCGGCGCUUCAUCGCAUCAUGGAAGCCGUGGACGCCAUUGCCACCACUGCAACAAGUCAUCGGAGGACUUUCAUCCUUGAAGUCAUGGGAAGACACUGUGGGUAUCUGGCCAUUGUGGCGGCCUUGGCCAGUGAGGCUGACUUUGUGUUCUUCCCUGAGAGCCCGCCAGAUCAUGACUGGCCCAACGUCCUCUGCGAAAAGCUCAUUAAGGAGAGGGAGCACGGCAAGCGACUGCACAUCAUCAUCCUGUCUGAAGGUGCACAGGAUAGGGACGGAAAGCCGAUCACGGCCGAGAUGGUCAAAAAGGCAAUAGUUGAGAAGGUGAAGCAGGACACUCGCAUCACUGUCCUGGGCCACGUUCAGAGAGGUGGGAGCCCAUCUGCUUUUGACAGAGUUUUGGGCUGCCGAAUGGGUGUGGAGGCUGUCCUCGCCCUGUUUGAAGCAAAGCGAGACUCUGAGGCUUGUGUUGUGUCCCUGGAUGGCAAUCAAGCCGUGCGCGUGCCACUAAUGCAGUGUGUACAGAAGACAAAAGCGGUCGCCAAGUGCAUGGCCGACAAGGAGUGGCAGAAGGCAGUGCAGCUACGUGGAAAGAGUUUCGAGCGGAACGUUCAGACCUAUCGCAUGCUGACUAGAGUGAUGCCAGCAAAGCCGGAUCCGAAUAAGCCGUCCUCGGAAGGUUACCGGAUGGCAGUGAUGCAUGUCGGCGCUCCGUGCUGUGGCAUGAAUGCGGCCGUGCGGUCGUUCGUUCGAAACUGUCUGAACCGUGGAGAUGUUGUUUUUGGAAUCCAUGACGGUGUCGAAGGCCUCAUUGAUGGAAACAUCCAGUCCAUGGCUUGGCACGACGUCGGUGGCUGGGUCGGCCAAGGUGGCGCCUUUCUUGGAACAAAGCGGACACUCCCAGGUAAUAUGAUUGAGCAAUGCGUGGCGAAGCUACGAGAGUUCAAGAUUCAGGCUCUGCUCGUCAUUGGCGGCUUUGAAGGCUACCAUACAGUGCUGCAGUUUGCUGAAGCCCGGGAGAAGUACCCCGAGCUGCGCAUCCCCAUGUGUGUGAUUCCUGCCACGAUCAGCAACAAUGUCCCAGGCACUGAGUUCUCUCUGGGCGCUGACACUGCCCUCAACGAGAUCACUGAGAUCUGCGACCGGAUUCGCCAGUCAGCUCAAGGAACCAAGCGGCGCGUGUUCGUCGUGGAGACCAUGGGUGGCUACUGCGGUUACCUGGCAACACUGGCAGGGUUAGCAGGGGGUGCCGAUGCAGCAUACAUCUUCGAGGAGCACUUUGGCAUCAAGGAACUCAUGAACGACGUGCUGCACAUGAAGGUCAAGAUGGCCGAGGGUGUCCAGCGAGGUCUUGUCCUCAGGAAUGAAAAGGCCAACGAAAACUACACCACAGACUUCAUCUACCGACUGUACUGUGAGGAAGGAAAAGAUGUGUUCACUGCCAGGCAAAACAUUCUGGGUCACAUGCAGCAGGGUGGCACACCGUCACCAUUCGAUCGCAACUUUGGCACCAAGACGGCCACGCGGGCCUUCGAGUGGCUGGUGCUGCAGCUGAAGGCCACCGUAAAGCCGGAUGGCACCGUGAAUGCCACCACUCCCGAGACUGCCUGCCUGCUCGGCCUCAUCCGGCGGCAGUACUUCUUCACGCCUGUGCAGGAUCUCAAGUCGAAGACCGACUGGAAGCACAGGAUCGCCAAAGAGGAAUGGUGGCUUAGCAGCGUCCGUGACCUGCUAAAGAUCUUUGCUCACCACAGCGUGGAUUACACCACCUGCACAGCUGUUAUCAAACGCUUGAAAACUCCAGAUGACGUGGCUAACGGAGACCGGACAUAGUUCCCAGCCAUACUCUCGAUCGCUCACUUUCAGCGACGUUUUCAUACUUAAAAUUCUCGAUUCAGCACUCCAGCAUGUUGCCUCGCUGAAGCACUGCACAUUUGGUAUUAACGUCCCAAUUUUGCCAAUUAACUUGACAACUAUGUGAACAGAAGUCAAUGAUAAGGAAUGUGUUGGCCUGAAAGUAUUUAUUUUUGUUGCAUUUACUUCGCCUGGCUUAGCCAGUCGGGCUGCAUCGAAAGUUGCAUCAGUGAAAGCGAAUGAUCGAGUGUAUGACUUUUGUGAGUGAGCAUGGAUUGCUGUACUUUAUCGGCGCUUUGUGUUGAAGGGACACCAGAGAGGAAUACUGGACCAGUUCAGUGGGUUAAAAUUAUUGUCUCGGGCGCUGGCAUUGCAUCUAUUUAGUAGUAAGAAAGAUUUGGUUACUAGCUGGUAAACCAAAGACCAAAUUUCUGUUUGAAUCAUGCGCUUGGACUCCACCACCGGUGUGAUUUUCCAAUGUCUCACAUUUCGAAGUAUUUUCCGAUGCUUAAACUAUUUCGAGCAUAAAACAUUGUUGGAAUGCACCAGGUUGAGUCAUUUGUUCCCCUAUAUAGAAUGCAGUUCAGUCCUUGAUUAUCGACUGGUUAUUUAGUUCCAAGAAAAAUUUGUUAAAAUCUGUGAUAUUGAGAGGUGAUGCGUGGCAUAGUCAUUUGUUUUGCGUUUUUGCUUCUUUUUUUAUGUAUAGCAAGCACAAUUUCUUUAUAUAUACUCAUGGCAAGACUAAUGUAUUGCUUUUGUAUAUCAGAAAUGGGUUGUGCCAAAUCGGUUUAGCUUUGUACUCCUCCCUAGUCUCCCUUUAACAUUUGUAUAGACAAGGUUGUAGUUGCGACUUGCAUGAGUAUGCUUGUGCUGUCAUCUGCUUGUGUGUUAUACAGCCAUUUUUUGUUUAAUAUACAUAAGCUUUUACUAGGGAUGCCCAAAUAUCUGAAGUUCAAGUAUUGAAGUAUUUGAGCUUAUAAUUUUAAUGUUAUUUUCCCUAUAUUUUUCGUGAGUGGAAAAUAAGCAGUUUGCAAAAAGGCAGCGCAUAUGUUUUGCCAGCCGUUCCACAUGUCUGACUUAAGUUGAUCGAGAAAUUUUUUUACCUGUCACUUCACUCAUUCAGAAGUUGUCCAGCUUAGUGGACCGCCAAGUAACUUGUGUACAGUACAAACCACUCUUAAAGGGAACAUCUGUAGUAGAAUCUCGGUAAACAGAAAUUGCUUAAACGAGAUUGCUGCUUAUUCGAAACAAUGGCCUCUCGACCAAUCCGUUUAGUAUUUCGAUAAUGUAAAGACCUGUAAUCAGAACCAAAAUUUUUGCAACUCUAUAAAGGGAUCCACAGAAGCAAGGUCUAAAGGAUUUUUCCCAGAAGGACAAUCUUAAAUAUAUCACUUGGUACCUGUCUUCUGUCUUGAAGGCAGGCAUCGGUGCAGAUUCCACUGUAACUAAUAUUCAAAGUAACUUUAAUAUAUCAUCUUAUAAAAAGUCUGAUGUGACACUGGGCAGACCUAUAAUAGUAAAAACAUCAAUGCUUCAUGCCAAAACCAAGACAUAGCCAUUCCAUAAACACUGUUCUGUUCCGCUUUGUCAGUGAACUUCAUUGUGCAUUGAUGGAAGUUAUUCUUUUGCCACAUCUCGUCUGUUUCUUUUUGUACUUCCUAGUCAGGAACACAUUUUAUUCACUACUAAAAUGUCCUACUCUCCGAAAGUCCUGAGUUUCCAUAAAUCUACAUAUAGCACAAUUUCUUUAUAUGUGAGCUAUAUAGGAACACGAUGGUAUCAUACUCGGUGAAUUGUGAACUAGAAGAGGGAAAAUAUUCAGUAUUAUUCACCAUUUCUCUAAAAAUUUUGCUAUCUGAGCACCCUCAGCGUACACAUAAAUCUACCCAUGGCACAUAACACAAUUUCGUCUUUGUAUGUGGGCUAUGUAGAGAGGUAGACGCAUCAUACUCUAAUAAUUAGGGCAACAAAUCGGCUAACAGACACAUGUUUUCAGUCGGGCUGAGAACAUGUCUGUUGCAUAUUUGAAGCCUAUCAAAUCCACCCCACGUGGUCGUGUGGUAGUAUUCUCAAAAGUUUAUUGUCAAGGCCCCAAUUGUUAAUUUUGGAUUCUCUGUAUCUGUUAAUUGAUCUGUUAAUAAUUGUAUCAUUUGAUCUCAAUCCUUAAUCUCUAUCGUGAAGAACUAAAUGAGGUUGUAUGACCUUCUUAUGCUUGAAUAAAAGUCAUAUCAGUACGAGACGUUAGGCUAGCUGGUUGAACAUGACCAUAUACUAAAGCCCAUUAAUGGUGAGGGUACCAAAAGGCAACAGCCCUCAGUCAAUGUCAAGCAGGCUUUGUCAUGGAUGGACGAAGGCCUUCAGGCAGAAAUAGAUAGUUUGGUUUGCUGUCUUCUCAUCUUUAUUACAAGCAGUCCCGAGCAGUAUUGUCUCCCAAUCCCUCGCGAUAUCUUUGCCUUCCUUCUUACCAUGUAUGACGAUUACUACGAAUAGUCUACGACAGUCGGCCUACUGCACUCCGCGUACGGUUUCUGCCAAAGAAUGGAUUAGCUGCUGAUAUCUGUUGAAUUUAUAAAGUCCUUGGGCCCUGGUGUAUGACAGGCUUAAAAUCUGCUAAAUAUGUAAAUGUAGGGCUUAAGAGGUUGAGGCCAUGUCUGCCUUUUUAUACAGCCAAGCUGCAAAACCAGUAUUGUGCUACUUGCCAUUGAUCCUUUAUAUUUUUUUUAAAGAAUUCAUUCUCCUGAAGGAAAAAAAACAGCUUUGAUAGAAAUUUUGUGAUUGUGUAAAGUAGGUGGUAAUUGUAUACACAUUCAGCGUCUUCAUUUUAAUCUGCUCUUAAUUCUUGCAGUUGGCAUCUGUAAGCUGUCAGAGUGGUUAGUGUACCGUGUUUGACUGUGAUCGUUCUCAAUAAUUAGGUCUGUUGUAGAGAUUAUCGCGAUGAAAGCUUUUUUCUGAGACAAUCUGUUUUGUAUUGCUGCUGUGUAGAGAUGAUAUAGGUUGCUGUGAUAUGCUUGUCAAAUUGCUUGUCGAAUUGCUUGAGUGAAGAUGGUGUAUACCUGAAAGAAAAUGUGGGGUCUUUUUGAUCAAUGCAAAGGAAUGCUUUCAGACCAGUGAGAUUUUACCAAAGGCGAGCAAGGUAGUGAACAACGCAAAGGCGACGAAGUCCAUAUUGCUGUGAGCGUGCUUUUAGCAUUCCAUGUUAGGUAUUAUUCAGAUGCAGUUGGCGCAGGUGCUUAUUUUAUUGCUUUCUUUUUAGCAUUUUUGUCUUUUUUCAGGCUUUCGUGGUAUAUUUUUGCAUAGAUACUUAUAUUCUAGCCAUUUUAGUGCAUGCCUUGUGAUUUGUUGACCAGAGAAACCCACAUCUAGAUUUCAAUAGUCUAAAGAAUUACCCACAUGGCAAUUUCUCAUUCACGGAGAUUUUUUUUUAUUCGAGCAAAGUGGUAUAGUGCCAAAGAUCACGUUGAAACAAAAUCAGUAUGCUGUGUGGCCUAACUCAUACUCAAUGGAAAAACUAAACCAUUCAUUAUAUUGUGGGUUGUUUUCCUUCUCCUUUGAAACCUCGCUGCUUGAAUUCAUCUGUAUUCUCAUCUGUGCUUUAUGUUAGCAUUUGUUGCACUUUUGUAUAGAGUUGCCACCCACAUCUAGAUUUCAAUAGUCUAAAGAAUUACCCACAUGGCAAUUUCUCAUUCACUGAGAUUUUUUUUUAUUCGAGCAAAGUGGUAUAGUGCCAAAGAUCACGUUGAAACAAAAUCAGUAUGCUGUGUGGCCUAACUCAUACUCAAUGGAAAAACUAAACCAUUCAUUAUAUUGUGGGUUGUUUUCCUUCUCCUUUGAAACCUCGCUGCUUGAAUUCAUCUGUAUUCUCAUCUGUGCUUUAUGUUAGCAUUUGUUGCACUUUUGUAUAGAGUUGCCACCUCUGUUUUUCAGUGGCACAGCUGGUGUUUCCUUGGUUUCAUUCUUCUUUUUUCCUUGGCAGUAGUGGCAAUUUACUUUUGUAUUGUAUUGUAUGCAGCAUUGCUUUUGUGACACUGUUUUGUACUCCCGCAUUUGUUUUUUCUCACACUACGUGGAUGCACACUUUUUAAAGAGACGCACACAACACAUGACUGUCUGUAUCUGUAAAAAAAAACUGUUGAAUCAUAUCUAGCAUAUGUAUACAUGUAUUCUGUAUAAUACUGCUAUAUGGGUUGUAUAGAGAACUUGUAUACUAAAAUGAACUUGUUAAAGGAUGUUUAUGUAUUGCAUUCCACCUUUAACAACUGUCGUUUUUAUGGAAAAGAGUGUCCUUUAAGCUCAUGUGUGAUUUCAUACUGUACCAGCACUACUCCAGAAAGAGCAAGGAAAUUGACAUGUUAUUGUAUAUGUCUGCACUGUGUGAACAUGUGUAUGUGUUAUGAAUGUUUCAGCCUUUUUAAUGUGUUGCCAAAUCAGCCUAAAAUAUUUUGUCUACAAGGUCUUACAUGCACAGCAAAAAGCCUUUUUCAUUGAGGGCAUCAAAUUAACCGCCUCUUUUGAACAGCUCUCCUGGUCUUUCAGCUCUUAUCAAAUAUCCUUUGCUGAGUGUGGGGUCGUUAGAUAAAAAAAUUAGAAAGAGGCCUCAGCAUCAUUCACUCAAUCAAGAGGGUACUGUGUUACGAAUGCAUAACCAUACAGAAAAAACAUUGCAUUUCUGCAGUGGCGCAAGGGAACAUGCAUGAUGCCUUUGUUCCAACUUGCAUCAAUUUGCAAUUGAUUAAACACCUAUGAAGCUGCACAAAAGAAAGCUACGAGAGUUUGUCGUAGCUUUGUUUUUGUAGUUGAACUGCAAGCUGGUAGACUACAGAAUUUCGUGGGUUUUCUUUUCGUUCGUAUGUGUAGUGCUGGUAAUUAUAGGCAAUCAAAACAAGCUGUUUCUGGUCAUACUUACUGCUGCUAAUUUUGUCCUGGUCUGUCUAAAGAAGAGACAUUUGUUACAUAAACAUGUCUUUCAGAGCACACUGCUUUCAAUACAUAGGAGUGUAACUGUAAAAGCAGCGGAAGCCUUAGACGAAGUUUCGUGCUUCACAGUCCGUGCGUGAAAGCAGCUAAGGGGCAGUAUGAGUACAAUACUCUUCAAUUCCGUCAAUUUGAGCCCACUGAAUGUUGUUCAGAAUAAUGUAGCUGCCGUAUUAAGUCUUUGCCACACACUUGAAGACAUUUACUGUGAAAUGAGUGCGUGCAAUAGUUGGUAGAUAUUCAAUCAGGUAUGCUCUAGGUAUCUCGUGAAGAAACGAAAAAGCAAAAGGUAGAGAGGCAGUGGUACAUGCUGCCCUGUGUAUUCUCAUUUCUAUAUUUUGUGCAAAUCUUUUUAUGUGAUAUCGGUACCUAUAAUCACACUGUACCAGUGCUCCCAAACUUCUACACAUGAUUCUAUCAGGAUCAGCUUGCUUACUGCUGGUAUCAAUGAUUCAUUAGCACUAUUCCAAUAUGACACUAAGGAAUAUGACUCUCAUCCACAUCAUCUAGCUGUGACAAUUUAUAACUACAAAUAAUGUGCUGUACCUUGUUAGGUUUGCUAAAGGUCCCGAGUAUAAGGGACUUAUGUUUACAUUUAAUGCAUCAAUAAGUAAUGUGCUCCUUUUUCGCAGACUGUUUCAUUGAUGAUUUUGUGGCAAUAAACAUGCCUUUUGUGUUUACAAUUUCA